AUGAAGUUUAAUCUUAGUAUCUUAUUUUUAAUUGCCAUGUUCAUCGCCUUGGUCUUUGCUGAAAGACCAGAGGAAGAUAAUGAGGAGGAUAUCGAAGUCGAAAAACGGGACGCUAACCCUGAUCCAUACUACAAUAAAUACUACAAGAAAUACUACAAACGUGAAGAACCUACUGAUGAUGAAGAAGAAAAAGAUCUCGAAAAACUAGCAGGUGGUAGUAGCAAUGUAAAAUUAGCGAAUAGACAAGUAAAAAUGCAAGAAAAUAAAUUAAGAGUUUCUUUAUUAGCAGGAGCGCCCACUCAUUCUUGGGGUUAA